AUGAUGCAAUGUCGAAACCGCGUGGUUCCGGUAAAAUGUGAGCAAUAUGUCAAAAAACUGUUACUCCUGAAAAUGAUAUUUAUGUGUAUUGAAUUUGUAGUAACUUCGAAUCUUCAUGAUCGAAUAUAUUCGUUACGCUCGCUUGUGAUCAACAAAAUUCCACGACCGAUGAUUUAUUAAUGAGAGAAUUUCGCAUAACCUCUACAGUUACAGAGUCUGUAGUUAACCGCGAUCAUGGAGAUAAAUCCAUUGAGCAUAAUUCUCGUAAAAAGCGAUAGCAAAGGUGACAGACUUUUAUUUCGAUAUCCGCAUGUGGCGAAACACACACGAGAUUCGAAUCAAUGCACUAGAAGAAAAAAUCCUUAUUCGCUGACUAUCACGGAGGAUUUAUUGCAGUCCUCAUCUUUCCCAAUUUCCAACAUAAACAACGGAAAUUUAACCGGAGUAACCGACGAAGUGCUCUCGACGUUAUUUGCUGUUAAGCCAGAACUAUGCGAGCAGAAGUUCGAGUUGAAAGUAAACGAUGUCCGUUUUGUUGGGCAUCCAACCCUUGUUCCGUCUCAUGGAAUGAAGGAGGUCAAUUCUUCAAUGCUUUUCAAUAUAGUUUUUGCUCUGCAAGCUCAAGCCAGUCACUCUAUAGUGAAAUGUUACUAUGACUUAAGUAGAAGAUCAGAAGGUGAAAGUGAUUGCGACGAAUCACCGUAUGAAUUAAUAUUGCAAAGGAGUUCACUUUCGCGCGACCUAAAAUCUGUGUUUAGCAGUCUAACAACUUCUGGAAUAAUUAAUAUUAUGAUCAAUAAAUGGAUUCAAGUACGUUUCUGUCUUCCACAAAAGGUUCAUCAGUCUCACAAAAAAGGAUUUGUUAUUAAUCCAGAAAUAAUAGAUAAAUGUUUGAACAGUUUAAAGCCUUAUCAUGGUAUACUGUUACUCAUUGAACCUUUAGAUUUAUUGGAUUCACUCCCGAUAGAUUCUUCUCCUGCUCUUAAACGUCUAAUUCAAAUGUAUAGUCCUCUAAAAAGUCUACAAACUCUAGCUGCUGACUCUGAUUUAACAUUAACUCAAGUUUUCCAAUUGACUGGUCAUUUAAUAUAUUGGGCUAAAGCUACUAUAAUUUACCCUCUUUGUGAAAGCAAUGUUUAUGUUGUAUCACCAGAUGCUAUUAUCACAAGUCAAUUGUUAGAGGUAUUUUCUGAAGAAUUUCCAGGGCUUUGUCUCUUGCAAGUCCUUAGUGAUUUUUCACUACCAACUUCUAUAAGUCAACAAUUAAAUCCUUUGAGUCAAUCGCAGCAACAAACGCAAUUAGUAAAAAUAAUAAUAUGGCUACUAAAGAAUCAUUUACUUUUACAAUUACAUACGUACGUACAAUAUAUGCCAACUGUGCAUGGACGAGUAUCCUUGGAUGCAAAAGAUGAAUUGAAUCAUAAUAUAAAUGAAAUCGCAGAAAAUAGUAAUGCAUGUAAUUUAAAUGAUGUUACAAAAAGUACUUCAGCUGAUCUAAAUGAAGAAUUAUCAAUGACACUUCACAAAGAGAAUGGAAUAUACAAUUAUCAAUCAGAAGAUUAUGAUAUUCCUUCUGAUGAUAGAAAACUACUCGACAGACUAUGCCGCCUUGGUUACUUUAACGGAGGCCAUCAUUUAGAGGAGAUUAUGUAUUUAGAAAAUAUUCGUAGAUCGCAAUUAUUGCAGAUCCUAGAUAAGUUUCGAGAUGUAUUAAUUACAUGCAAAUGUGAAGAUCCUGCUAUAGCUCUUUUUUAUAGCCAAUUUGGCUCUUAACACUUUAAUUUUGAAUAAAUAUAAACAUGAUUUUAAAUUGUAAAUAUGAACUAUAUUUCACAAACUUUUCUAAUGUUAUUUCGAAUGUAAUGUUAUAAUGUUAUAAUAUUAUAUUUAUAUUUAAAAAAUUCAAUUUUGUGAUACUAUUUAAAACUUGUUCUUUUUAUUUUAUAUAAUUAAAAACAUUUAUUACAAAAAA